AUCUUGUAAGGUCAAAUUCUAAAAGCGCAGCGAUGUCUCAAUGGCUGCUGCUGAUCGCUCUCUCGGCGCUGGCGCUGGCCCUGCGCCCCGGCAGCUCGAUCCGUGUGGACGAUCCUCCGGCGAUGGAUCCCAAGAUCGCAGUGUUCGCGGUGGGGAGCUUCUGGAGUGGCGAGGCGGCGUUUGGAUGCAUCCCCGGAGUGGUGAGGACGAGAGUAGGGUAUUGCGGCGGGAGCAAGCAGAGCCCCGAGUAUCGAAAUAUCGGCGAUCACGCGGAAUCCGUGGAGAUCGAGUAUGAUCCGGCUCGCGUGCGCUACGAGCAGCUGCUAGACGCCUUCUGGGCGGCUCACGAUCCGACGCAAGUUUUUGGACAAGGACCUGAUGUGGGCGAGCAAUACAGGUCCAUCAUUUUUACACAGAACGAGGACGAGGCUUUUCUGGCAACAGUGAGCAAAGAAAGAGAGCAAGCAAAGCGACCAUACACGAUGGUUGCUACAGAGAUCGAGCCUCUCGAAACGUUCUAUCCCGCGGAGCUAGAACACCAGAAGUUUGAGCUGCGAAGACGACCACUUCUCUUGCAGCUCUUUGGCGAGCUCGCGGAAGAGGACUUCGUGCGAUCGAGCGCCGCGGCGCGAUUCAAUGGCUACGCAGCUGGAAUGUGUCCGGCUCCAGUGACCAAGGAACUGGAUAGCAAAGUUAGCCAGUUCAUGCGGCACAGGCAAAAACUAAGCUUGCUCUUCCAGUGAGCUUUUUGAGAUUGUUGUUGUGGGAGACAAUCUCGAUCUCCCUGUGACAAUGGCAAUGAUUCAUUCCAGAUGAUUAACUA